UUGAGGGCAUAUCGCACCGUCGCUCGACCAGGACUCAAUCCAUCGGCGUCCGCGAAGAGGAAAGAAGCUUGAAGUAAGCGCGCACGAAAUUCGCGGUGGUACACUUUUACCCGGCAAAACUUUUCCCAUUGAUAUCAUUUAGUUUAAGUUAGUCGUCAGUGCGGACUUUGUUAUGGAUGCAGGAAACCUUCUACUGGCCUGCUUGCUCAGCGCACUGCCGGGCCCUCCGGGUGUUAGCAUAGAAGACGCCUACGUACAGCUAUUCCCCAUUCCGAAACUCAAGUGUCCGACCAUCGAUCCCGUCAGAGACAUCUCAUAUCAACUAUACACCAGCGAGAAUCCUCUACAGCCGGAUCUGCUUAUCCAUGGCGACGAUAUCUCCUUGAAGAAUUCACACUUUGACUUCCAAAAACCAACCGUCAUCUUUUUCCAUGCUUUCUUCGAAACGUACACCAGCGCUCCAGCCAAUACCAUCAAAACAGCUUAUUUACAAAGAAAGGAUCACAAUGUCAUUCUUCUGGACGCUCAAAGGAUGGAAGCUGGGCCUUGGUACCUCACCGCGGCUAGGAACACGAGAGUUGUCGGAGAGUAUACCGCAGCUUUCAUCGAUUACCUAGUCUCUCGAGGUCUUUAUUUACCAUCACUCCACCUAAUCGGUUUGUCUUUGGGUGCGCAAAUGGCUGGGGUGUGCGGACAGAACGUGAAGAGCGGUCGCAUCCAACGCAUCACAGGUUUGGAUCCCGCUGGACCGCUCUUCACCAAAUGGCCGAGGAGUUUGAAACUGGAUAAGGGAGAUGCAGAAUUCGUGGACGUUAUCCACACAGAUGCAGGAAUCUUUGGUUAUCCUUGGCCAGUAGGUCAUGCGGAUUUCUGGCCGAAUAGUGGAAAAGCGCCUCAACCCGGAUGCACAAUACCGGAAGUCAAAAGGAGAAGCCCGGAUUCCAUUAUAGAACCCCUGUUUUGCAGCCACUGGAGGUCGUACAUGUUCUACUCGGAGUCCGUGAUUACCGCCAACGCGUUCCAAUCUUAUCGCUGCAACAGCUGGAAGGAAUUCUUGAGAGGCGAAUGCGAUCCCAACCAGGAACCAGUUAACAUGGGCUUUACACUAUCACCCAAGGCUCGAGGGAAGUACUACCUAACGACGAGGAGAUCUUCACCGUUCACAUUGAGCAACGAAGCCACGCUGAAAGCGGAUAUUCCUCAACAGACGAAUCAACUAGAAGGAGACAUCCAGCAAUUCAACUACUACGUCAAGUAAAAACAGGUUCCAUCAAUUCCUCAACAUUUCGUUAUGAAUUUUAUCGCCGAAACGCAGCUAAAUUGUUCCUAAUUCGAUCGUCACAAACGCAACGAUCACAGCUAGUCGUUUUCAAAAAAAAAAUAUCAGAGUCGAAAUUCCAAACGUCCUUUCGCCAUCUUCAUUCGCUGAUUCUCAAUCUCUAAUUCGUCCUUCAAAAACCAUACAAUUUACAUUUUCUCUGUCUUGUAUUUACCGAAACAUUCUUGCAAAUUUCAU